AUGGCGAGGCGCAAGCGAAUCAAUCAGAAGCCUGGAUCUAAAGCUUCUCCGUCAGCGAUCAGUGCAGGAAGAGUUAAUCAAGAGCGGGUGGAGGUUGAAGAUGAAGUGAUUGGAGAAUCUGUUGAGGAAGUUUUUGCAGAUAUGGUUGAUAAUUUCCAGGAGGCGGGGGAGGAUCUCUCUCAGGUCCCCGGUAGUCAGACCAAGUUUGAAGUUAAUGUUGAGUCCAGGUCGUGGGCGGUGGAAGCCGAAGAACAAGAUUUUCAAGAACUAGCUAAAGAUAAAUGGUCACGUUUUCAAGACACGUUUGCUGCAAGGGGGGGUGUUCGACUCAAUUAUGAGGAACCCUUGAUUCGUGAUGGUCAAUUAAUUGCUCAAGUUGAUAAAGAAGAGAUAGAAGUGGAGGCUUCUUUUUGGCAGUCAGCUAUGGUCUGUGUAGUCUUGGGUGCCAACCCUCCAUUAUCUGUGUUUGAAGGAUUUAUCAAUCGUAUGUGGGGUAAGCUGGGUAUAGAGAGAAUAGCACGCAUGAAUGGAGGAUACACACUUGUUAAAUUCAAGGAUGAAGUUACUAGAGAUUUGGUUUUGGAAGCUGGUGUUGUUCAUUUUGACAGGAAGCCAGUUUUACUGAGGCCAUGGUCGACAGAUUUGGAUAAAGUGCGAUUGGUAAAGUCAGUGCCGCUCUGGGUAAGGUUGCCAGAUUUAGGUCUCCAAUAUUGGGGACUUAAAACUCUAAGUGCCCUAGUUAGUACUAUAGGUAAACCUAUGAUGAUGGAUAAGGUAACCAAGGACAAAUCUAUGGUGAAAUUUGCCAGAGUUCUUGUAGAUGUUGAAAUAUCUGAUAAAAUUCCCCAGUGUAUUAGUUUUUUAAAUGAGAAAGGCCAGUUGAUGGAGCAACCUAUAGAAUUCGAAUGGUUGCCCACUCAUUGUUCCUGUUGUAAGAACUUGGGUCAUGGUGCCUCUAACUGCAAAAGGUCUCAGGAGGUUCAAUGGAAGCCUAAACAGGUAGUCAAUAAUGCUGGAAUAGAGGAUUCUGAUGUUUCUAAGAUUCAGAGUGAGGCAGGUCUUGUGGAUGGGUCAAUUGGCACUCAGAUGGCAGGCAAGGAUAGUCAGCAGGGGAAAACUGGUAGUACUCUGGCUAGUACUCGGGAGUUGAAGACAUGUAUUCAUAGCAGAGACCUUUCAAUUCAGGAUACUGGUAAUGCUUCUGUUGAGCAGGAUCUAUCUUGGUCUACUCCAAAGAGAGUUGGAGGGGUUAAGUUAAAAACUGCUGCCAACGUGACAGUGAGGGGUAACAAGUUUAGUCUCUUACAGGAGAGCAAGGAGAUGGUUAAAAAAAGGAAUUUACAUGAUCCUCAAUCUUCUAAUGGAGGGAUGUAA